CCAUUUGAUUCAGGCUGAUGCGAUGGGUAGUACUCAUCAUAGGCAGUUGUUCUGUUUUCAUUUCCACUGUAUAAAACAAAAAGGCCACCGUAAAAGCAUAAAAUUUGCUUUUUUAUUUAUUUUUUCUCAUAGAAAAAAGAGUAAAUUAUAUCUCCCCUCACCUCUAUCCCAAGCACAUCUGUAUCUAGCCUCAGAUCACUAUCAACGAAACGUCGUUCACAAAGCAAUCCAGUUCGUUUCAAGAAAUUAACUAUUACACAUCGUCAUCCACCACGCUAUCAGCUGCUUAACCACCGCCACCGCCACACUAACCUCCUUCACUCUCUCCACAACCACCAACAACUAAAAUCGUACAAUCAUGAACCCACCAAUUCCAACGCCCGAAGAAUUCUCCUCCCUCCCUCUCGAAUUCAUCCCCUUCCUUCCUCUCCCUUCCCAGACCACCCCUAGUCCAACCCAAAACCAACCCGCACCAGCACCAGCGCUUCCUGAUCCCAACGCCUUCCUCUCCUUCCCUAUUCCCAAGAAACGCCGCCGCGGCAGACCCCAAAAGGCCCAAACCUCCUUUCACUUCCCCCAAUUUUUCUCACAAAACCAACACCAAAAACAACCGAUCCCCGAUAUCUCCGAAGAAAUCAUAGUAAUCAACAAAGAUCCAACGAACGAAGCCGUGAUCGGUCUCUCUGCUGGAUUCCCUGCUGAUUCCUUAACUGAAGAGGAAAUAGAUGCCCGUGUGGUCACCAAUAUCGGCGGAAUCGAACAGGUUAAUUACAUUCUAAUUAGGAAUCAUAUAAUUGCGAAAUGGCGUGAGAAUGUUAAUGUUUGGGUGACUAAAGAAAUGUUUCUUAAUUCCGUGCCGAAACAUUGUCAUGGGUUAUUAGAAUCUGCUUAUAAUUAUUUAGUUUCGCGUGGGUAUAUUAAUUUUGGAGUUUCGCAGUCAAUAAAAGAGCAAUUUCCCCAGGAGGAUACGAAAUCAAAUGUGAUUGUUGUUGGGGCAGGAUUGGCAGGGUUGAGUGCGGCGAGGCAGUUAAUGAGGUUGGGAUUUAAGGUUACGGUUUUGGAAGGGAGGAAGCGUGCUGGUGGGAGAGUUUACACGAAGAGAAUGGAAGGAGGAGCCGGGAAUAGGGUGAGUGCGUCGGUGGAUUUAGGAGGGAGUGUGUUGACGGGGACAUUGGGGAACCCGUUGGGGAUUUUGGCGAGGCAGUUGGGGUAUUCAAUGCAUAAGGUGAGGGAUAAGUGUCCGCUUUAUAGUGUGGAUGGGAAACCAGUUGAUUUGGAUAUGGAUAUGAAGGUUGAGACGGCAUUUAAUAGGUUAUUGGAUAAAGCGAGUAGGCUCAGGCAGUUGAUGGGGGAUGUCUCGGUGGAUGUAUCGCUGGGGGCUGCAUUGGAGACAUUUAGGCAGGUUUAUGAGGAUGCAGUGAAUAAGGAGGAGAUCAAUUUGUUUAAUUGGCAUUGUGCUAAUUUGGAAUAUGCGAAUGCAGGUUUGUUGUCAAAGUUAUCAUUGGCAUUUUGGGACCAGGAUGAUCCGUAUGACAUGGGAGGGGAUCAUUGUUUUUUGCCUGGAGGGAAUGGGCGGUUGGUUCAGGCUUUAGCUGAGAAUGUACCAAUUUUGUAUGAGAAGACUGUGCAUACUGUUAGGUAUGGGAGUGAUGGGGUGCGGGUUAUUGCAGGGAGUCAAGUCUUUGAGGGGGAUAUGGUGCUGUGUACAGUUCCACUUGGGGUGUUGAAGAGUGGGUCGAUCAAGUUUAUUCCUGAGUUGCCACAGAGGAAGCUUGAUGGGAUAAAAAGGUUAGGAUAUGGACUGCUGAAUAAGGUCGCAAUGCUUUUUCCUUGCGUGUUUUGGGAAACUGAUCUUGACACAUUUGGUCAUUUGACUGACAAUACAAGCUCUCGAGGGGAAUUCUUCUUGUUUUAUAGCUAUGCAACUGUUGCUGGUGGUCCAGUCUUGAUUGCUUUAGUAGCAGGGGAAGCUGCACAUACAUUUGAGAGUAUGCCGCCUACAGAUGCGGUGACCCAGGUUAUUCAGAUCCUCAAGGGUAUUUAUGAACCACAAGGAAUCACUGUCCCUGAGCCUAUCCAAACUAUCUGCACAAGAUGGGGUAGUGAUCCAUUUACUCUUGGUUCUUACUCUAAUGUUGCAGUUGGAGCAUCAGGAGAUGACUAUGAUAUAUUAGCAGAAAGUGUGGGAGAUGGGAGACUUUUCUUUGCUGGGGAGGCCACAAUGAGGCGGUAUCCGGCAACCAUGCAUGGAGCUUUUCUCAGUGGGUUAAGAGAAGCUGCAAACAUAGCUCACUAUGCUGGCGCUCGAGCCUUAAGGGUGAAGGUUAAUCAGAGCCCGUCAAAUAAUGCCCACGCUUGUGCUUCCCUUCUUGCAGAUUUAUUUAGGGAGCCAGAUAUAGAGUUUGGGAGUUUUUCUGUUAUUUUUGGCAGAAAUAAUCCUGACUUGAAGUCAACAGCAAUUUUAAGGGUUACAUUUAAUGAACCACGGAAAAAGAGUCAGGAAAGUUCUAGGCCAGAUCAACACCAUUCCAAUAAGCUCCUUUUUCAGCAACUUCAGUCACAUUUCAAUCAGCAACAGCCGCUUCAUGUGUACACUUUAUUAUCAAAGCAACAGGUGCUUGAGCUGAGAGAGGUGAGAGGGGGUGAUGAAAUGAGGAUGAAUUAUCUCUGCGAGAAGCUAGGAGUGAAAUUGAUUGGGAGAAAGGGUUUGGGGUCCACUGCUGAUUCACUUAUUGCUUCUAUUAAAGCCGAGAGAGGUGGUCGCAAAGCUUCUGCUACUUCUUUAGGUCUAAAAUCAGGGAUGUCAAAACUACAAAAGGGAACUUUGAAGCGAAAAUUGGUCAGGAGGGCUAAAAUAGUGCGCAGCAGCAAUAAGCCUGCUCCUCUGCCCAAUUCUAACAUGGUUAGUGCUAAGGCAUCCGAAGAAAUUCGGACAACAAAUCAGGCACCUCCUGAAACGAGUAGUGCAGGACAAAGUCAAGUAUACAUGUUGAAGAAUGAUCAGACAGCACCUCCAUGAUGAGUGUCUAGGAUGGUGAACUAUCUUCUACCACCAAGAAUUUGUUCCUUCUUUCUUCUGAAGUAGUCAACUAGGGACGCUGGAGAAUUCUGUACGUGCUAUUCCCAACUGUUGAAGAUGCAUGUUCCAUGUGCAAAAGCACUAGGAGUAAUGGAUGGUGUCUGCAAUGAGAAGUGAAAAUGGCAGUAUCUAAUCAAACAAGAUGUCAUCAAUGACUCCUCAUUCUUCAUCACUGCAGUCAUUUCUCAAAGACUGCAUAAUGAAUUGGAGCUUUAUGACAAAGGCCAACAGUUUGGUCAUGCCUUGGAGAGAGGCAGUGCCCCUGAACUACCCACUUACCAUGAAGCUUGUCCCUAAGCCAACUGUGGUGUGGAGAAUGUGUCCUUAUGGAGGAGGUUUUAUGAAUCCAGAUUUUAUGAUGCAAGCGCUAGUCACGGUGAAAUCUGACUUCAACUUCCUCUAUCACAAAAGCACAAGAUAUGAUCAUUGAUGCUAGACCUUAAUCAACGUCAUAAAAUUUUUUAUGAUGAAGACUGCCAGUAAAGGCCUGUGUACUAAACUUGGUUGUCAGUGCAGACUCGUGGCCAGAUUCAGAUCAGUUACAGGAUGGACAGCUUGUUGGCAAACAAAUACAGGAGAAAAAAACCGAGCUUCGGUUUCCAUUGUGCUUUUAAAUGCAUGCAAAGGUAGUGAUCCUCUGGUUAAAGGUUUUAGUCCAUCCAGUUUCAUCUUGGGUUCCGCCUGUACUUUGUAUAGGAGGUCGAAGUGUAUUUGGGGUGGUUUGACUCGUUCAUCCCGUCCCAACUCUAGCUGACUGGUUAUAGCUGUUGUCAUGGCGAGAAAAUUGAUCAAAUUAGCCUGUAUGUUAUUAUUUUGCAAAGGCAAUGUAAGGAUAUUGGAAUUGGAGGCAAAUGGAUCAAUAUAUUAAAUUUCAAGGGAUUA